CAUAUCAAUUUAAAAUUGAUUUUUUUUAUUCACUGCCCCUUUAAAAGUGGGGUGCAUGAUCUCUGAAAGCCAAUGUUGACAAUUGAAAUCACCUAAACAAACACAACCCCAAUCACAAUAGAAUAUGGAACAGCUUUUGAUAGACCCGCCCCACACAUACGCAACGGUUAGUAGACACGCACCUUAAUGUUGGUUGGCUACAAGUGUGAUUUGGUAUUUGUCCCGACUCCCUUUUCCAAAGUGUUUUUCAAAAAUCAUGCACCCUGCCUUUAACCCAAAGAUUAGUAAUGUACAGUGUGAAACAUUUUAUUUUAACUACCCAGUGUUAUCUCAUAACCUCUGGAAAGAUAACCCAAGAUUCCUUUUUUCCACGUGGGCUUAAAAGCAGUGUUUAGAUAUGAAGAUUACCCAGGGUUAAGAUAGUGUAAAAUGCCUGUAUGGUCUUUAUAAAAAAUUAGGCCGUAAAACUUAUUUACAAAGUUAAUCAUUAUAAUUAUUACAAAUAUUUUAAUUGUAUUCCUGUGGACUACAUUUGUCACCUUAUAGGCUUGUUCAAAGUCUGCAGAAAUAUCACAGCCUUAUCUUCAUAUCACCAAAAUGUUGGUGGAUGUAAAAGGUAAAGAUUUUGCAGCUGUUGCACAUGAGCUUUGGUGUAAUGUUUGUCAGAUGUAAUGUCCACCUGAUGGCACAGCACGCAGUGCAGCACAUUCAGCCAUUGAUUUUCUCUUUGAAAAACACAGAAUCCUUUUCCACAUCUUUAAAUAGCUCACGAGCAAACGUAGAUAAAUAUACUUUAGGUUAUAAGCAGCAACUUUUUAAAAUUGUAAUCCCAUUCUUCUUUAAAGGUGUGGAUGGCAUGUCCUUUAUAGGCUCUGUCAGACUUUGACUCCACAUCUUUCUGUAAAUGAAUGACUAAAGACAAUACAGAUAAAGCAUUGUUGAUGUCAUACCAAAAGUUACUCAUGGGGCGUAGGAAAUAAAUGAAUAGUAAAUGCACUAUGAAUAAUGUUGUUCAAUGCAGCAAAAACAUCGUAUUUGUGUUGUUUUACUCAAUAAAUUGAAUUAACAUGGGAAAUGAGUCAUUUAUUCUUAUCUUUAUUCUUGUCUUUACAACGCCCCUGCUUUUGUGUAGAGUGGUAAGUUUGCAAGGGAAGGGCAUAAAAAUUUAGAGUGGAAUGCAGCCCUGCAUGGAGUUUUUUGAAGGAGACUUUUUUGAAGGAGGACAGCCCUCGUUGCGGUGUGAUGAUGUCAUUAGCCUUCAAAUUGGGAUCCACCCUAGAACUCACAUUUGCAUAAGUUUCAUAAACACAACCAGGAAGUUCUUGAGUUCAGGAAAACUGAAACUUCACUGUCAGGUUUUUGUUUUCUAAAAUGGCAGAAGCAAGUGUUUCUUUGGCUCAGGAUCAGUUCAGCUGUUCAAUCUGUCUGGAUCUAUUAAAGGAUCCUGUGGCUAUUCCUUGUGGACACAGUUACUGUAUGAGCUGUAUUACGGACUACUGGGAUCAGGAUGAUCAGAAAAGAGACUAUAGCUGCCCUCAGUGCAGACAGACCUUCACUACAAGGCCGGUUUUAGGUAAAAACACCAUGCUGGCUGAAGUGGUGGAGAAACUAAAGAAGACUAAACUACAAGCUGCUCGUCCUGAUCACUGUUAUGCUGAACCUGGAGAUGUGGAGUGUGACGUCUGUACUGAGAGAAAACACAAAGCUGUCAAGUCCUGUCUGGUGUGUCUGAACUCUUACUGUCAAAAUCAUCUUGAACAACAUGAGAAUUUAUUCAAAGGCAAGAAGCACAACCUGAUAGACGCCACUGGACGACUUCAGGAGAUGAUCUGCCCUCAACAUGAUAAAGCCCUUGAGAUUUACUGUCGUACUGAUCAGCUCUGUAUUUGUUAUCUGUGUAUGGUGGAUGAGCACAAAAACCACGAGACUGUAUCAGCUGCAGCAGAGAGGACUGAGAAACAGAAACAGCUGCAGAAACAAUACCAGGAGAGAAUUGAGGAGAGCCAGAAGAAGCUUCAGGAGCUGAGAGAUGCUGUGGAGACUCAUAAGCGCUCUGCACAGACAGCAGUGGAUGACACUGAGAGGAUCUUUACUCAACUGAUCCAAUCUAUUGAGAGAAGACGAUCUGAGGUGACACAGCUGAUCAGAGAUCAGGAAAAGGCUGCAGUGAGUCGAGCUGAAGGACUCUUGAAGCGACUGGAGCAAGAGAUUGAUGAUCUGAGGAGAAGAGAUGCUGAGCUUUUACAAUCAGAUGAUCAUAUCUAUUUCCUCCAGAGUUUCCAGUCUCUCUCUGUUCCUCCUGGAUCUACAGACUCACUCAACAUCACUGUCAGUUCUCUCCUCUCUAUUGAUGAUGUAGGAAAAUCUGUUUCUCAUCUGAGAGAGAAACUGGAGGAUUUCAGCAAAGAGAUAGAAAAAAUAUCUAACAGAGUUUCCCCUGAACCCAAGACCAGGAUGCAGUUCUUACAAUAUUGUCAUCAGAUCACUGCAGAUCCAAACACAGCACAUAAACGGCUCUGUCUGUCUGAGGGGAACAGAGUGAUUACAGUUACUGACACAGUCCAGCCGUAUCCUAAUCAUCCAGACAGAUUUGAUAAAUACCUUCAGGUGUUGUGUAGUGAGAGUGUAAGUGGACGCUGUUACUGGGAGGUUAAGUGGAGUGGAAAUGUGCGAAUAUCAGUGUCAUAUAAGAGCAUCAGCAGGAAGGGAGAGAGUCAUGAGUGUUUGUUUGGAUUUAAUGAUCAGUCCUGGUGUUUGUGGUGCUCUGAUGUCGAAUAUACAUUUUGGCACAAUAAAGUUAGUAACAAACUCCCUAUAUUGUCGAAAUCAUCUAGAAUAGGAGUGUUUGUGGAUCACAGUGCAGGAACUCUUUCUUUCUACAGCAUCACUAGCACAAUGACCCUCAUCCACAAAGUCCAGACCACAUUCACUAAACCUCUCUAUCCUGGGUUUGUGGUUAUUAGUAAAUCAGUGAAACUGUGUAAUACAACAAAAUAGAUCAUACAGAGAUCUUACAGUUAAUAUUGUUAUAACAGAAGUUAAUGUUAAAUAGACAAGACAUUGGAGUUUAAAUCUCAUUGGGUAUAUAAGUAAUGAUUGUAUUGAGUGAUUGAGAAAUAGUAGAAUGAAUAUAGAGAGUCAUCAGUCAGAGAAACAACACAAAUAAUAUCACACUGUGUAUGUGUUUAGUUUUCACAUCAGGAUUGAAGAAAAAAGUUUCUCUGGGUUACAGUCAAUAACCCACAGCAUAAAUUUAUUAGCAAAAAUGUAUUUAUAAAAUCAUAGUGACUACGCUUAAAGUGAACUAAAUAAUAUCAUGUGGUGGUUAGGGAUUUUUGGGGCCUGUACUAUAAAGCUAGUUCAGUUGGCUAGGCAGGUAAGGAUUAGUUUGUGCCAACUCUGGGUUUUGGGUACCAAUGAAAGUAGAUGUGUUUUAGGCAGUGUUCAUCACCAUAGUAUCUCAUACCACACAGCUGCAGAGCAGGUUAUGUUUUUCUAGAUCAGUGAUUACACCAAAUUGACGUAUGAGAGUGACGCAACGAAUUCACAUGUUGUGAUAGCUUUAUCCUUAUCCUGUUUUAAGAGAAUUACAAUUGUUUAAUAGUAAUAAAACCAUUAUUAGUAAAUAAGCAUGCUGUUUUGGUAUUGAUUGAGCAAUUUAUAUUAACGUUUCAUGGUACUGACAAAGCCUGAUUGCAUUGGUUUGGUUUUGACCAUGUUAGAUACGAGAUAAACAAUAAUUACGUUUUUUAGCAAUAUCAGUAGUAAACAUACUACAGCAAGUAGUACAAUGCAUAAUGCUGUUUAUUACAGCAAAAUAAUUGUUUUAUGUUGUUUUAAUCAAUAAACUAAAUUAUCAUGGGAGCUGAGUCUUAUUCAUUCUUGUCUCAUGUU